UUGAAAGUCUUUGUUAGUUCAAAACAUCAACUUUCCAACACGUUUGCCCAUUGAAUCACAUGAUAAAUAGCAAUGAUCACCUGGUGUUUUGAGGUUAAUUUUGGAAGUUGAAAAUGAGCUAGCUAGCUAGAGUUAUGACAGAAGAGAUGGAGACGGCUCCCCAUGUUGAGAAGAUGCCUCUGAGAAAGGGCGCAUGGAGUUCUGAAGAAGAUCAGAAGCUGACAGAUUAUAUUAAGCGAUUUGGCAUUUGGAAUUGGAGUCAGAUGCCAAAGCCUGCCGGUCUGGCAAGAUCUGGGAAGAGUUGCAGACUCCGUUGGAUGAACUACCUGAGGCCAGAUAUUAAGCGUGGAAACUUCAGCAACGAAGAGGAGGAAACGAUACUCAAGUGGCAUCAAGUGUUGGGAAACCGAUGGUCUGCAAUUGCAACAAAGCUUCCUGGAAGAACAGACAAUGAAAUAAAAAAUUACUGGCACAGUCGCUUGAAAAAGCGUUCCAAGAACAAUUUGGCACCAGCAACUGUAUCGCAUACAGCGAAAGAAUCCGAUAUUGAAGUUAACCAGAACGAUUUAUCUGGGACUGAUCCGAAAGGAUCAAACUUGGAACAACUAUUCACUGAUGAAUAUGAUCUCUCUUCAUCAAGCUCUGACCCUGCCGUUGAAACUGACAGAAACCAGAGCACAGUGGAGAAUUUUGGUUCAUCAAAAACAUUUGAAGAACUCCAAAAUUUAUGGGAGCAGCCAUUUUCGUUGGAGGAGUGCUUCUGCAUGGUGGAGACAGACCCUGGAUUUAUGGCUCCAACUGGUGCGGUGUGGCUCCAAGAGCAAAUAUAUCCGCCGUCCAUUUCCUAUGAUGGUACGGGCAAUGAGUUUUGGGAUGUAAUUAAAGUAAACUCCCAUGUUUAGUAUGUCAGUAAGCAUCAUAGCAUUCGGAUCCAGUUGGGGGUGUAAUUAGCCGUCGUUGCUGGCGUGCAUUAAUAACAUUAAUUUCAACUUAUAUCGAAUGGAAGUACUGAUGGUUAUAAGCACGUAUACCAAUUAGCAGGCAAAAAUAAAAUAAUUUUUUUUACAGAUAUAUUUAGCAAGUACUGCUUAAAUGAUACAUAUUUUUCAUUAGAAAACAAAUCUAAGAGGAGAAGAGAGUAGAUCCGCCCCCCUACUCUCUCCUCCGAUCCUCUCCCUUUUUCUUUCUAUUCUCCGCUCCAACUCUUCCCUUCCCAUUAUGGUUUUUUCUUUCUUUUGUAAGUGUUCUCCAACCAAAUCAGCAAUUUUAACUUCUUCGCUAUGCA